CGUAUUUGUUAAGCAGCGGCAUCAAAAGCUGGGGAAAUCGCACUGGAAUAAACUUACAACCUUUAAAGCUUCCCCCCCGAAUUCAGAUGCGGGGGAGUAAAGUACCUACCUAAACCAAUUAAUUGUAAACGCUACUUCCUACCUGCCGCUUGCUACCCUCCACCAUCGACCUUGCUUCUUCUCUCCGACUAGUUGUGCUUUGCCUUUCGAUAUCCAAACUGCUCCGCGGAACCUCCAUAACUGCCUGUUACCUAGAGGACUAAAUUCAUCUGGACUUCCCCGCGAAAAACCACUAUAUCCGUGCAGGGGUCUUCAUACAUACCUGAUACACCUGAUACACCAUUCCCACACUUCUAGGUAGCUUGACCAUAUGAUAUGGUCCAUAUCACCAACCAAUCUCGACAUUAGCGUUCCUCAGCACUUUCACUCAUUUUCUUAUCGACUUGCGUCAAAUUUGACGCUGUUACCAAGUUUAUCGUAGCCUUCAUUCUCGAAUCCUGCUGUAACCAAAUCCCCUCACUCCCCCCUCACUCCAAACGUUCCUGUUUAUUCUUUUUACACCCCCCAUAGAAAUAUCUCAAACUCAAGCAAUCGCUAUGUUUUCCCGACGUCUCGCGCGAGCAGCAGCGGCAGGAGCUCCGCGUUCUCUUCGAGCGUUCAGCUCCACCGCUGCUAGCCAGCGUACGCCGACACUGGCCGACAUCACACCCGAGGGUGUCGACUCGUUCAACUCGAAGCAGAAGGAGUUCCGCGAGCAGUUGGUCAAAGCACACCAGGAGCGCGAAGCAAGUAGGUUCACUAAAAAUUCUUCUUCUACUAAUGAUUCUUCGUCUGCUGCCCGAGAAACCUCCCAGGGCUUGGGCUCAUUAAGCACCCAUACAGGAAAGCGAGCGGAGGUGUCAACUAAGGAACCCGAGCGACCCGAUAAUCUUCUAUCCAGGGUUAUCUACGGAACAAAAGAGGGACGCGAAUUGGAUGCUCAACUCGAAGCAAGUUUCUCCGCGGUUCUGGCUCGUGGCAAGUACGUUCACUCGAUCGUGUUCCACGAGGUGCGGCCGGACAAGGUGGAUGAGUAUGUUCAGUUGGUUGGCCAAUGGUAUCCGCGCAUGGCUUCCUUGGAGGAUAAUAAGGUUCAUCUCGUUGGAAGCUGGCGAACCGAGGUGGGAGAUUGUGAUACAUUCGUUCACAUCUGGGAGUAUCAGCGUUACCAAGGAUACCACCAGUCCCUAAAUUCCAUCUCCCGCCACCCCGACUUCGCCGAAUUCGACAAAAAGCUCAAGACACUUAUCAAGUCUAAGAACACGUCGAUUAUGCAGGAAUUUUCGUUCUGGCCAACUACUGCACCACGCCAAUUGGGCGGUUUAUUCGAGUUGCGUUCGUACACUCUUCACCCUGGAAACCUGCUGGAGUGGGAAACCCACUGGCGACGAGGCUUAAAGGCGCGAAGACAAGUCAUGGAAGGUGUAGGUGCUUGGUUCGUACAGAUCGGCGAUCUGAACACAGUCCACCAUCUUUGGCAAUUUGCGAACCUCGAGGAGCGUAAAGUUCGACGAGAGGAGAGCUGGAAGCAAGAAGGCUGGGCCGAGACGGUCCAUAAGACUGUUCCUCUAAUCCAGUCCAUGAAGUCAAGGAUUCUUGUCCCACUGCCAUGGUCACCCGUGGCGUAAUUCCCACGAAGGAAGGACGAUUGCGUUAAUAUCAGCCGAUUUUUAAACCGAACUAAGCAUCUGAUAUGGAGAAUUGGAGUUUGGAGGCGAUUGUUUCUUUAUGUAGUCGAUCCGCCACGUUGGCGUGAGGGCACCUGCGAAAGUGAUUGUACUUUUUACUGCCGAGAUCGGGAUACUCAUGAUGAGAGCUUGGAGAAGCUGAAAAUUACGCCCUGAAGACUAUGGUCACAUUUCACUGAUACCAAUACGAAGCAAUUCGAGUUUUCUUUUUGGAGGCAAACUCAUAGCUGAAGUCGAACUCGAGA